AUGUCUUUCUUAGGAUUUGUUCGCGACGUUUCUCUCUGCGCUUCUCACAGUUCUCAUGGGAGUGGGAGAGGCGGGCGACACUAGAUGCAACCCAAGCUCCCAGAUCCGGCUACUGGCACUAACCCUAGCAGCAUUCCCCCUCUCAAUGCCUCCUAGGGCUCCCAGAUCUGCGCUUCUCACAGUUCUCUUGGUCAGAAUCACUAAGUUUAUGGCGAUGAGUAUGCCACCGCAUCAGAAAAGGAUCCAAAGAUUUUGUUGACUACAUCUCGUGAGCCAAGCCAGCGUCUUGGUCAGUUUGUUAAAGAAUUAAAAUUGGUGUUUCCCAACGCAGCGAGAAUGAACCGUGGUAGUCAGGUGAUCUCAGAAAUUAUUGAGUUUUGCCGAGCGCAUGAAUAUACAGAUGUUAUUUUUGUGCAUGAACAUCGUGGUGAGCCUGAUAAUUUGGUCAUUUGCCACUUGCCAUUUGGUCCAACUGCAUUCUUUGAGUUGCUGAAUGUGCUUGGUCAAAGGACUGCAAACAUCCUUAAACAUCUCUUUACUGUGCCUAAACCUGAAACUAAACGAAUAAUCACAUUUGCCAACAAGUCCGAUUACAUCUCAUUCAGGUACUCCUUGGCCUUCACAAUUUAUUCUUUGAUUUUCAUUAUCUGACUCUGGUUUAGGCUUUUUACUCAUACCCUACUUUCUGAUGUUUAGACAUAAAAUUUUUAUGUGUAGAUAAAGGGGUAUCUAUCAUGCAGUGGUUUUCGAGUGAACUCUACAAUCUGUAUAAAUCUACACUUGAACAAUAAUUCUUUCUCUUUUUGAUGUAUUUAAUGAAUGGAUUUCACAUAGUGUGUUAGAAUUGUUACUCCAAGAGUUGAUAAAAUAAUAGCAAUUAGUUGUAGCUCCUAUACAUUCUUGUCAAAAUUGGUAUUGGAAUUGAAUAAAAAAAAAAAAAAUUUAAGUAGGUUAUUUCAAAUUGGUAGGAUUGAUGAAAUUAGAAUCAUUUAGAAAUAACAAAAUAACAGUUUCAUAUGUUAGAUACUAAACUAUAAGUGGGCGAUGCUUAUAGCAUUGUUCACAGUGAUUUUUAUUAUUUUUAAACUCUCGGUUAUGCCAAUAAGAUUUUGCUUUUAGGAUUUAGGGAUUGGAUUAUAGUAUUAAGCAAAAAAAAAAUUCAAAUCGAAAAAAAAUUUAGGUGCUCGUGGCGUGUGGAAGGUAAGAUAUGCAGCAUAACAUUUCUCUCUCUCUCUCUCUCUCUCUCUCUCGCCUGGAUUCAAGAUUGGAAAUAUGUUGUCAACAUGUAAGUUUUUUGACUUCUUUUCUUACCUUUGUUGAAACAUGGAUGUAUUUUGAUGUGGCAAUACAAUUCUCAUAGGUUAUAUGCAUGAAGGUGAUUUGUCAUCAGCCAAUGUGAUUUAGGCAUCAUAGUUAAUUAUCUUGGAAUACAUCUAAGUUUAUACUUGAACAAAAUACAUAUAGCCCCUCUAGCUGAUGACCAAAACUAUAAAUCUUGUAAGAAUAUCCAUAUCAGUAAUAA